CUCAGUAAAAGUUGACUUCGACUUUUUUAAUCGAUUUGUCGUAAGUCGAAUUUUAGACCCUAUUUUAUAUCCCAUUAUUCUCAUAAGGUUGCGUUCAUGGCCGGUAGUGCUGUUGCACGUCUGGCAUCGAAAUACGGAGCGGUUAUAUUCUUUCCUUCAUUCACUGCAGCUACUAUUUUUGCCGAUUGGUCUCAUACCCAGAACUGGAAGAAGACUCAAAGGGAAAUCGCUAAAGUACAAGAACUUUUAAAGCAUCAAUAG